AUGGAGCGCCGGGGGUGCCUCUGGUUUGCGAUUACGAGCUUUUUCAUCAAAGCCCUCGAGAUGGAUCCGACCUCGGCUAGGACAGAGCCUUUUGUGCUCCCUGUCAGCACUUCGCUAAAGGUUGUUGUUUUCAUCGGAAUGGGCAUAUAUCUCGUGAGGUAUGGAAUGGCGAUGCGAAUGACGAAGUUCAAGCAUAAGCCAUUGCGACGACCAAACGAAUUUCGCAUUCUUCGGCUUCGGGCUCAGCCCUGCUUCCGGAACUCACCAGUGCAAUGCGAUAUCAUCCACGCAACCUUGGAUUCACCUCCCCCGUAUCGAGCAGUAUCUCACCGCUGGGCAUCCACAGGAGACGAAUCACAAAUCAUUCUCGUGGAUGGAGCGCCAUUUCUAGUUUCUACAAGCAUUCAUGAUCUCCUUAUAGAGUUGCGGAGGAUGCGCCUUUCUCAGCUUCUAUGGAUUGACUCCAUUUGCAUUGACCAGGCCGACGCGCAAGAGAAGAGUCGACAAGUCGGGCUGAUGCGAGAAAUUUUCGAGGAGGCCACAUCGACUAUCGGCUGGCUGGGCAAAACUCCAGUAGCAACGAAGGCAUUCGAGCUUGUCCGGCAAAUUGUGACUACGCCCCAGAUGGAUCAGACAGAGCUCCUCAAUUUGAAGUCGUCACCUUUUUACGGAUGGCAAGAACUCCUAUCUCUCUUAACCAAUAGCUGGUUUGAAAGAGUCUGGAUCAUUCAAGAAAUUGCUGCUUCUAAAGAAACCAUACUUCAAAGUGGAAAUAUCAUGAUACACUGGCAAGAUUUUGCAGAAGGCUUGAGCCGGAUCUUAGCCCCGGGAACGGAAAACAAUGACCACCUAUCUAUCUUGACCAACGAACAUCUUAUGAAUGCGCUGAUCAUGGAGAAUAUGCGUUAUCAGGUUGACGAGAUUGAUCGUCUUGCCCUGAAAGAUGCUUUGAAACUUGGGUCUAGGUUCAAAUCAACACUUUCGGUCGAUAAUGUGUUCGCCUUGCUAGGAAUCAUAAAAGAACGCAACGCGCCGUUGUUUCAUCCAAAUUUUCGUCAUAGCGAAGUCUUUACAGAAGAGAUCUUUUCUCGGGGAGGAGCCGCCAAGGAUAUGUUCGACACUUUGGAUUCAAUUGUUGAGUUUGCCGACGGGCUGAGAAAGACGAAUCCCCUUCAGAGCCGAAAGACAAUCAGAUUACUGAGGUCCAUACCAAAGGCGACACGGUCUUUCAGCGAAAUGGUGGAUGGUAUGCACAGCAUUUUAGAUCGAACAAAACAGUCCAAAGACAGUCCACAGCACAUCAAGCCGGACUAUACUGACAAGAGUACGCCUGAGGUUGUAUACACCAUGGUUGCCCGAGAACUUGUCAGAACCGGAGAUGCCUUCGCCUUUCUGCGAUACGCAGGGAUCGGCAGCUCUAGGAGUUCUUCAUUUGAAAACCUGCCAUCAUGGGUUCCAGAUUGGUCAGCCGAGAUCAACGUGUACAUUCUACCCCAUGAUGUCAAACCGCCGACGAAUCGACAAAAGCCGACUUCGACUGAUCCUGUCAAUGGCGACGACAAACAUCACUCUUUAGUUUCUGAUGGCGGGUUCAACUUACUUCACGUCAAGGGAGCUGUGAUUGGCAAGGUCGCUUUGGCAACCAAGAUGCACGACAAUCUCGGGAAGUCUAGAGGAAACAAUCUCAAGGAUGCGAGAACGGAUUUAGAGCUCCAAAUUUCAAGCUUUGAAGCCGCUUUGAGCGCCGCGAAGGGUGUCAAUCUUCCGCCAAAUCAGUCGGAGGAUAGUCGCAAACAUCUCUUUCUCAAUGCUGUUCUGGCAAUAUCGAAUGAUGAGGUUCAGGACAGCACUUUCAAGCAGGCCGCAGACAUGCUAGCAGAACGCAUGGAGAAUGACCAAAAGCUCCUCCAGAAGCUUCGAGAGAGCAACUCGGAUAAUAGCCCGAGUUCACACAUCCCUACCCCUAGCGAGCCGUCAUUGAAAUCCUUGGAGGCCAUGGCAAGGGAUCAUCUUAUCAAACGAAAGGUUCAAUCCUCCUCCAACAGCAAGUUUGCACAUCUCAUGAGAACGGAUGUCUUGCCUAGUUUUGAGCACUACAGGUGGCAAGAGAAAACCUUGACAUUGCCGCCAGAAGGUCCCUUGCGAAUGUUUGACAAGCGCGGCACGAGCGUCCUGGCGGCAUACGAUCAAUAUGUGGACUACACCCUCGGGAGAAAGUUCGUCGUGCUCGAAACGGGGCAAAUGGGUUUAGCACCAGCAGGGGUUGAAGUUGGCGACUUGAUCAUCUGGGUGAAAGAACAUGCAGUCUUUUUGGCUCUACGGCCGGCUCCUAUUUCAACGCGCGUGAAAGAGGAAUUGAAACUUGAAGAGUUGCGGAAGCAAGAGUUGGCGAGGAAAAAGGCCGAAAAAGAGAAUGCUAGGAAAGAGAACAUUGACAAGGAUGGUGUCGAAGAACAAGAUGAACUUCGCAAAGCAGAAAAGGCACGUAGUGAAGGAGAAGAAGAUGAGAAGGGCCCCAGCGAGGCUGACAACAGCAAUUUGUUCGAUCUAGACCACACCUUUAGAUUAGUCGGAGAGGCCUUUGUCAACAGCGCACAAGGGGGCCCAGACAGGGCAGCUGCAGCAGGGAAUGGCGAUCGGGAAUGGUUCAGCUUGUGGUAG